CCCCCCCGUGCCCUCGGCUGGUGUCUCUGUGGGACCACGGGCUGGACCCUCUCCGCCACCCCAUCUCGGGGCGGCGGCACGGCCGGAUGGGACCCCCCGCCCCGGGGAGCCCGGGGGUGCGGCUUCUCCCUCCCCCCGAGGAGGGGCGUGGCCAUGGGGGCAUGGCCAGGGGUGUGGCCCCACCCCCGGCUCCUCUCUCCCUUUGCCCUGCGGGUCUGUGUGGCAGGUGCUGCAGCAGGGGGCGGGGCCGCGGCAGGGGGGCGGGGCCACGGUGGGGCGGGGCACGGCAGGAGGCGGGGCCUCGGCCGUCCCGGCGGCUGGUGCCCGCGGUGCUGCUCGCUCCCGGCAUGGAGCCACCGACCGGCACCGAGAGCGCCCGCCUGGUCAGCCCGAGGGGCGACCGCGCCGACGGCAGCCUGCGCCUCAAGAGGCUCUCCAGAGACCCUGGCACCACCGCGCCCCCCGGCUCCCCACUGCUGGUGCAGCCCCCUCGCCCCCAGCCCCGGCCAGGGGAGGCUCCAGGCCCGCCGGCAGCUGAGCAUCGCCUGCAUCCUCUGCUGUGUCUUCAUGGUCGGGGAGGUGAUAGGCGGGUACCUGGCCCACAGCCUGGCCAUCAUGACGGACGCAGCCCACCUGCUGACGGACGUGGGCAGCAUGUCCGUCAGCCUUUUCUCCCUCUGGGUCUCCACCCGCCCGCCCACCAAGACCAUGAGCUUCGGCUGGCACCGCUCGGAGACGCUGGGCGCGCUGGCCUCUGUCCUCUCCAUCUGGGUUGUGACCGGCGCCCUUGUCUACCUGGCGGCCGCCCGCAUUGUCAGCAACGACUACGAGAUUGAGGCACGAGCCAUGCUGGCUACUUCCGCCUGCGCUGUCGGCGUCAACCUGGUCAUGGCCCACAUCCUGCACCAGUCCCCCGCCGGCCAUGGCCACAGCACGGGGGGCUACGAGCAGCUGGAGAGCGCUGGGGGCUGCCUGCCCGGCCGUGCCCCCCUGCCCGGCAGCACCAGCGUCCGUGCGGCCUUUGUCCACGUGGUGGGGGACCUGCUGCAGAGCCUCGGUGUCCUUGUGGCUGCCACCAUCAUCUACUUCAAGCCCCAGUGCAAGAUCGCAGACCCCAUCAGCACCCUCUUCUUCUCGGUCUUCGUCCUCGGCUCCACCUUCACCAUCCUCAGAGACGUCUUCAGAGUCCUCAUGGAAGGGACGCCACGGGGCAUCGAGUUCGACACGGUGAAGGAAGCGCUGCUGGGGGUGCGCGGGGUGAAGGGCACCCACGACCUGCACCUCUGGGCGCUGACGCUGAGCCACCACGCCGUGCCGGUGCACGUGGCUGUGGACGCCAGCGCCGACCCCGAGAUGGUGCUGCAGGAAGCCACCAGCCAGCUGCAGAGCAAGUUCGGCUUUGCCGCGUGCACGGUGCAGGUGGAGCGGUACCAGGAGGAGAUGGCAGCCUGCCGGCACUGCCAGGACCCCCGUGCCUGAGCCCCCACCCGCCGCACAGCCGGGUCGGGCCUGGCCUGGUCUCCAUCCCAUGGGCGAGCAGAACUGGCCCUGGAGCAGGGGGUGCAGCACGGGAGUGGGGACGGCCACGGGGUGUCCCUGUGCUGCACCCACCUGCUGCUGCGGAGCCCUGGGGGGGACAGUGCCCCCGAGGGUGCAGGGGCUGGGGCACAGGGACACACAGCCUGACCCCUGCAGCACAGGGGCUCCCCUGGGAAUCCGCACCCCCAGCUGUGCCGGGAGGGGACCAGCCCCAAAGGAGGGGGGUCCUGCCCCAAAGGAGGGGGGACCAGCCCCAAAGGAGGGGGGUCCUGACCCAAAGGAGGGGGGGUCCUGCCCCAAAAGAGCGGGGGACCAGCCCCAAAAGAGGGGGGAGCCCUGCCCCAAAGGAGGGGGGGACCAGCCCCAAAGGAGAGGGGUCCUGACCCAAAGGAGUGGGGGUCCUGCCUCACCACAUGUCCCCCCGCAGAGCCCUGUUGUCCCCUGCAGGAGAGGGGACAGGAGGGAGCCACUGCCGA